AUGGCGGCGCUCAUGUUGCAGCAAUUUCUGAACGAUGUUCGAGUUCCGACUGGCGGUGACAAGAUCUUUAAAGAUGAAUGUGCAUUUUCUUUUGAUAAUCCUGAGAGUGAAACAGGUCUCUAUGUGUGUAUGAAAACUUUCCUUGGCUUUGGCAAGGAUCAUGUGCUACGCCAUUUCCAUCAUACAGGCUGCAAAGUAUACCUUCAUCUCAAGACGACUAAGAAAAAGAAGCCCAAGACCCAAGAAGACGAGGACAAGGCCAAACCAACAAGACUUGCAAUAGGUGUCGAGGGUGGAUUUGAUGUAGAGGAUCAGAACCAAUAUGAGUAUGAGGAAGCUCACUCUGUCGUAAUCUUGCCUGACUUUGUCGUCAUUCCAUUGCCCUGCACGGAUCUCCCGAUAAAGAUACAGCAGGUUGUUGAUGGUAUCCUGGCUGCAGAGUCAGCGUCCAGGCAGGACCUGGUAGCAGCGUGGGACGGAGAAGCAAGGGUCAUCUCUAAGCAUGCCGAACAGCUUCUCCAACUGGACAACGGUGUGAAGGUCCCCCCUAAGGGCUGGAAGUGCAGCCGCUGUGACCUCAUUGAUAAUCUCUGGAUGAACUUGACGGAUGGAACCAUCCUCUGUGGGCGUCGGUAUUUUGACUGCACGGGAGGAAACAAUCACGCUUUGGAGCACUAUGCGGAGAAGAAGUAUCCACUGGCUGUGAAGCUUGGAACUAUUACAGCAAGUGGCGCUGAUGUGUUUUCAUAUGAUGAAGAUGAUAUGGUGGAUGAUCCCAAGCUAGCUGCUCAUCUAGCACACUUCGGUAUUAAUAUGAUGAUAAUGGAAAAGACGGACAAGACGAUGACGGAGCUUGAGAUUGAUUUGAAUUCCAAGAUUGCAGAGUGGGAUGUGAUUCAGGAAGCAGGAAGCAAGCUUACUCCACUGUUUGGUCCGGGCUAUACCGGCAUGAGGAACCUCGGUAACAGUUGUUACAUGAAUUCAGUCAUGCAGGUUGUGUUCACAAUGCCAGAUUUCCUUCAGAAAUAUGCAAAUCAGACAGAAGCCAUCUUUUCUUCCCCGGUGCAAGAUCCAACGUCAGACUUUAACAUCCAGAUGGCUAAGCUUGGUCAGGGUCUGCAGUCCGGCAAAUACUCCAAAGAACCCAAGAAUGUUGACGAGAGCGGAGAGCCUCAGGAACUGAGUCAGGAGGGAAUUACUCCUAGAAUGUUCAAGACUCUGAUUGGCCACGGACAUCCGGAAUUCUGCACCAAUCGGCAGCAAGACGCAGAGGAAUUCUUGCUGCAUCUUUUCAAUAUCGUUGAGCGCAACAGCUACGGUACCGUCAACCCCUGUGACUGUUUUAAGUUUGAGCUUGAGGAAAGAAUCCAAUGUGUGCAAUCGAGUCAGGUUCGCUACAAGAAGCGAUCAGACUAUCUCCUACCGUUACCUAUACCACUGGCAGCAGCCAUCAACCAAGUUGAAGUUGCUGCGUAUGAAGCUAAGAAGAAGGAGUUUGAAACUCGUAAGGAGCACCUAGAUCCCAAGGAGCUCGUCCGACCCAGCAUCCCUCUCUCAGCCUGCCUAGAGGCCUACAUGGCAGCCGAGAUGGUUGAAGACUUCUACAGUUCCGCCUUGAAGGCAAAGUCUGUUGCUACAAGGACAGCAAGAAUGGCGACUUUUCCAGAUUUUCUGAUCAUCCAACUCAAGAAGUUUACUUUGUCUGAGAACUGGGUUCCCAAGAAACUUGAUGUUUCAGUUGACAUGCCAGACGAACUUGACCUGAGAAGUUACCGUGGUAACGGACUCCAAACUGGGGAGGCGGAGCUACCUGAAGGGGACAGUCCCCCAGAGCCAGAGCCAGAGAUAAAUGAAGAGACAGUCAAGCAGCUUCAGGAUAUGGGAUUCCCCAGAGAGGGUUGUCGUAAGGCAGUCUAUCACACUAAGAACACAGGGGUAGAGCCAGCUAUGAACUGGGUCUUCCAACACAUGGGGGAUGCUGAUUUUUCUGAACCACUGCAAUUGAGCGGUCCUAAGAAGAAGUCUGAUUUCGUUGUGAAUGAGGACGGCGUUGCGAUGAUUCUUAGUAUGGGAUUCAGCCAGGAACAAGCAGUGAGAGCUCUCAAAGCUACUGACAAUAACAUCGAGAGAGCCGCUGACUGGAUCUUCAGCCAUCUUGAUGAGCCUGUUGCUAUGGAAACAGAGCAAGCUGCGGCCCAGCCAACCGCCUCCACAUGCCAUGAUGGAGAAGGAAAAUAUCGUUUGAAAGCAUUCAUCAGUCACAUGGGGACGUCAACGUCAUGUGGUCAUUACGUCUGCCACAUCUUCAAAGAUGGAAGAUGGGUCAUCUACAACGAUCGAAAAGUUGCAAUGUCCGAACACCCUCCUAAAGACCUUGGCUAUCUCUACGUGUAUCAGAGACUAUGAGAGACGCACACUAAAGACGCUUCUAUGCACAGCCACAACUAUGGGUAAACUUGCUGUUACAAAGAUGUGUUCCAGAGACUAUGGCCCUUUUCGAAACCAUGGCUUUCGGCUCCAGAUACGGCUCAGACUAGCUUGGCCCCGCGGUUUCUUGAACAAUAUUGUGUGUACUUGGCAUAAGUGCUCAGGGCUUCAGACAAGAGAACGGAGCCUGAGGCUGAAUCCAUAGCCGAAGUCGUGGAUUCGAAAAGGGCCCAUGAGAGAGGCCACUCUAGCUGACUAGAGAUGCCUGUGUGCACAGCAACAAUCAUAGGUACACUUUCUGUUACUAAGUCACCAAACGAACAACAGAUAAAUAUUGAGUAACUCUUUCAAAAUCUUGUAUUCGACAAACUCAAGAACUUUUGGUUCAUCGUUGACACAGCGAUUAUUAUUGUAUGUAUAAGAAACAUUGAGGUAGCUGCUACAUCAGUGCUUUUCAAACUGUUGUUCAUAAAAUGGAAAUAUUGGGUAACUCUUUGCAGAUCUUGUAUUCAGAAUACUCAAGGCCUUUUUGUUCAUCGCUGACACAGAACUGUUGUUCUUAAAAUUGACAUGAACAAAACGUGUAUACACAUGAUUGUGGCUGUGCACUUCUGCCUGAAAUGUUUAAAGUUGCCUCCAUUGUUCAGUUAGAAAACUCAAGCCCUUUCUAUUCAUCAUUGACUCAGCGAUUUAAAUAAAGUUGAGACAACUGCUACAUUAGUGGUUUUAAACUGUUGUUCAUAAAAUGGACACACUACAAAAAUUGUAACACAUAUUUGUGGCUGUGCACUUCUGCAAUGUUUAUAUUUGUCUCUGUUAUUCAAUUAACCAGGUUUGUUUAGGAGAAUGUUAAUCUAGAGUUGUAUCCUAAUUGCAUCUACGACUGUUGCUUAGGGCGUCAUAUCCUUUAAAACAUAAAACUAGCCGUAGCUGUGGCCGUAGCUGCAGCCGCAAAUUUCUACACAGCCUUGGAGUAUUGCUUAUACAAAUGAAAAUAAAAGGGAACAAAGAUGAUAUUCACUGUUGAUGUUUCGAGGCAGAGCGAUCUAGUUCACGGAGCUUAUAGUUCUAGACCCGAGUUAAAAGAGCUGCUUAAGCACAUAAAGUAUCUAAGCACAACAACAUUUAUGCUUACUAGAUAAAGGUUACCAGGUAAAAUAUUAUGUCACAUGUACAAUAUGUGACUGGUAGCCCGCUUAUCUAUGCUAUUAGCACAAAAUUGUCUCCUGAAGAUGAUCAGAGCAUACUGAUCGUAACACUGUUAUCACCGCGUAUCAUUUGUGACUUGAUCCUGCUCGAUUUUGCUAAGCAGAUAUUUGUUAAGCACAUAAUUCAGCUUAGGACCCAAUUUUGUUGAGCUUAGCAGUUUUGAUGCUUAAGCAGCUCUAUGAAAUUGGGCCCUGGUUACACAGGGUUAAACCGUUCAGUUUCUAUCCCAGAGAUGUUGUAAAAUGUUUUAUGUAGAAAAUGUUUUCUACCUUUGUGCUGUUAUUGUUGGCAAAGCCAUGAUGAAUUUUUAGUAAAGGUUGAAUCUUGUUCAAUAAAUACGUUUGUCAAAUUAAUUCUUUCAAGCAUUACAUUUGCAUGUUUUAAAGGCACUAGAGACCUUUGGCAAUUUAUCAAAGACCAGUAUCCUCACUUUC